AUGGCCGCCGUGACAGCUUGUCAAACGUUCAUGAGAUUUCGAAGCCCAAAGCCAAAUCUAGUACUGCGCCUGCAUCUUCUGCGGGGCUGGACGGGUGAUUGGCGUGGCGCCACGGGAUGUGGCAGUGCCACGGCGAGGAGGAUCCAACGGUCCGUGACUGGUUGA